AUGACUCAAAAGCUUUUAAGCAUUGCUUUAAUGCUAUCAUUAGCUCGUGCAGAAGUUUUGUCUAAUGGAAUUAUAGGAGAACCGAAAGUGGAAUGCGGACCAAACAGUAUGACCGUUUCAUUCGAUAUGGUUGAGGCUUUUGAAGGACACAUAUAUGUGAAAGAUCAAUAUAAACAAAAACAAUGCAAAUCUAUUCCAACAUUAAGCAAGGAAGCAAGCUUGACAGUUAAUUAUGAUACUUGUCAAGUAAAAAAAGCUCGUUUGGUAAAUGGAAUUGAAAUUUCAUCAACUAUUGUCAUUUCAUUUCACCCAAUGUUUCAAUUGAAAUCAGAUAGGACGUUCAAUGUUGAAUGCUUUUAUGCUCAUCUCAAGAAUAAUGUUGAAAAUGAAGUACAAUUAACGAUAUCUGACGAAGGCCGAGAAGUUUUACGUGGCAAAGCUGAUGAAAAUAUUCUCAAAAAUGCAAAAGAAGCGGAUGGUGGCAAAGAUGUUUUGCCUCAAUGCAAAUAUGAGGUAUUAUCAUCAAGAUUUGGAGCCCCUGUGAGAUUGACAAGUAUCGGACAGUCUGUUUAUCAUAGAUGGUCAUGUGAGUAUUCUGGUACAGAACAUUUCUGUGCAACAGUUCAUUCAUGCUAUGUUCAUGACUCAAAUGACGUUUCAGUUCAAUUGUUAGAUGAAAACGGUUGCGCUGUUGACAAAUACCUAUUGAACAACUUAGAGUACACUUCUGAUAUGGUAGGAGGCCGUGAAGCGGAUGUUUUCAAGUUCGCCGAUGAACCAAUCAUAUAUUUUCAAUGUGCAGUUAGGCUGACAUUGAGUAAGAAUGGAACAUGCAUUCGUUCAUCUGACACUUGCCCAUCUCCAAUGCGAGGCAAAAGAGACGUGACCUUGAAUGAAGAAGCGUCAGUCAAAUCUCAACAGAUCAGCGUCUUAGAUGUCAAUGAUUCACACAGUAUGACAUCUAUUAACUUUUCCGUUUCCUUGAACGUUUAUGAGGAUUCAGCGCAAUUGGUUUGCGUCACUACUGACUGGUUCACAGUGCUGCUCUUUGUUUUCUUCACAUGUACGGUGUUCGUCGCAGUCUUACUUUGCCUGUUUCUUGUUUGCAAAGGAAUCUUUAGGAGCAGGAAUAGUUCUUUCAAAACCGUCUUGUAG